AUGAUUAAGAAUUCCAGAUCAGAUUGUUCUACAGGACCUGAUAAUAUACCUGUUAUAUUUCUUAAACUUGCUGCUGAUUUUUUAGCUGGUCCUUUUUCAGCUGGUCCGUUAACAGCUAUUAUUAAUAACUGUAUUGAUAGCUUAAAAUAUCCAAUGUUGUGGAAGCUAGCUCGGAUUAGUCCAAUACCAAAAAUAGAUAAUCCAGAACAUGUUGAUCAUUUUCAACCUAUUUCGAUCCUACCGUGCAUUUCAAAGAUUUUUGAUAAGUUAGUCUUAUAUGUAUUUAGUUAGAUUCAGUUGGUGAAGAGCCAUUCAUGGAAAUACUUCUGAAUAAAUUCAUUAUUAUUAUUAUUAGUAUAAAACUUAGUUAAUUAUAUGUUUUAAUUGUAUUUUUCACAAUGAAAAAGUUUCCACUAGCUGCCGAAAGACACUAGGUCUUGACAACUUGCUGCCUAAAGACUCGAAGUCUUGACAACAUAAGUUUCCAAUAAUAACAAUAAUAUAACGUAAUUUGUAUAUUAACUCAUUAAGCUGCAGAGCUUCACCAUUGAUGAGUAAAAUCAUCUGUCGCUAGACAAGCAAAAAGAAAUAAGUAGGGAGCACUGGUUCACAUUGCGGCUUAAUGGGUUAACAGCUUGUUAGGGCAUUACACAAUCUGGUGUUAGACAGUAAAAUGACAAAGUAGACCACACCAGGGUGCAUAUAUUGGGUUGUUCAAAAAAAAGAUACCUACCCCAUUGAAGAAAUUUGGGUCAUCCAGGAAGUUAGGGGGGGGAGGGGAAUUUUCAUCUCAUAAUAAUAUGCACUGAAAUUCCUAAAUGUACUAAGGAGAGGGGUUCAACUUUCCAUUUCUUCUGUGGGAUGCUUCUGGAAUAAUCCAUAAUCCAUUGAAUCUUAAUGUUAAUACAACAUUUUCCAGGGGUAUUUAUAAAUAUAUAUUUAUAUCAGUAAAUAUAUAGAAAGCAUCAAAAUUGUGCAGCCGAUAUAUCUGCCACGCGAUACAAACUUUUCACACUGGUUGAUAACAAUACAAAGCUCUCAGAUUGAGAGAUAUGCUACUGAAUUAAUGAAAAUACAAGCAAACCAUAACACUGAAAAAUACAAUCAAAACCUCUCAUAGUUUGGCUUGUAGUUUUAGGGGGUUGAAUCUGUUAAUCCGAAGCUUUCUUUCAGUAUAUAAAUGUGUCUGUUUGCAUUAUAUAUCAUUCUCCCCAUAACGGAACAGUAGUAAGUGACCAUGGACAUAGUCUGUAUCUGAUGUUUGAGACUGUCAUUAUUUUAGAUCAAGUUAUGUAUCAGGCUGGUGAGGACCCUGAGGCAGGUGCUUUUAGAGCCUUGCUGAUGAGAAUGUGAAAUGGAGAAGUGACAGAGGAGGACUGGAAACUAUUGUUGGAGCAUUCAACAACAAAUGCAUUCUCGUACCAAGAGCCCUUCUUACGCACAGUCAACGGAGCACGACGAGGGGCUUUGGCCAAAUCCAUAACCGGAUACAAUAAAAACAUGAUGGUAAGAAAACAAUAUCCAGUGUUAAAACUAGCCAAUCAGAUGCCAGUUCGGAUAUGGAUUUGGCCAGAGCCCCACGUCGCACCGCACGUAAAAAGGGCUCUGGGUAUGAGAAUGCAACAAAUGUACCAAUGGAUCAAUUCACUGAUGCCAUCCGAUUGUACUUUGACAAGAAGUGUUGCUGAAUACAAUUACAAGAAGCUAUUGUAGCUUAGACAACCUGUCACUAAAAUUCAGGCAAAGCAUUCUCGUCAUGGUGCCAGUGCAGCCACGUCAGACAAAGCUGGUGGAUUGGAUGCCGUUCUGUUUUUAUCCACAAAAGCAGAAGUAAUGCUCACUUGCAACCUGUUAGCUGAAGUUGGUCUCUGCAAUGGCUCAUUUGGCACUAUCGAGCAGAUUUGGUUUGCAGAGAAUUUGGGUCCACUGAACCUGCCAAUAGCAGUACUGGUACACUUCCACAGUUACUCUUGGCCCUGCAUUCUUAGAUUCAUGUUCUAAAUGUAUAUCUGUGCCACCCAAAGUGUUUGAAUGGAUGGCUGAUGGAAAGUACUUGUCAAGGCAACAAGUGCCCUUGCGGUAUGCAAUGACCAUUCGUAAGUCACAAGGACAGACACUAUUUAGGAGGUAAAGGAGAAAGUUGCUGGAUGCACAUUUGUACAUCACAGGUGAGAUCGUUUCAUGAUAUUGUGUUUGAACCUAUGACAUUUGAUCGUCUGAAAGCAAUUGGUAGGAGUAAAAAUAUGCAAAACCGACUCGAAGCUGAAGAGCGACUUAAAGUGCGUGCAGAGAAAACUGUCCAAACAUAUAAUAGGUCAUGA